GAGGGCAGGGAAGGAGCCCCGCUCCCCCCGUGGAGCGCACACACCCCCGGGGCCGCGGGAGGCGGCAGCGGGGUCUGAGCGGGCGGGGGCCCCGGCUGCGUCAGAGAUGUGUAAACACCGCCGCGGUGCCCGCCGCUAUUUAAGGAGCCGAGGCUAAGUCUCCCCCGACUUCCCUGCUUGGGCACACACGGGACUCUCUGCUCCCAGCGCGAGUGGGACCUUGGAAAAGCGGAAAGCAAUGUACAGCGGGCUGUGCAUCUGCAUGCUCCUUGCCGUGCUCUCGGUGAGCUCCUUUGGACAGCAAACUCGGGGCUUGCAUGAUGGGAAUCCUCUGCCUGCUGAGCUGGAGCAGAGCCUGACAGAACAUCAGCGGCACUCCCGCGCUCCGUCUGCCGGGCCCCUGAAAUCCCUGCCACGGCUGGAUGCGAGCAGUGACCAAAGAGCCAACAUCGGCGCCUUGCUGGCCAAGUAUCUCCAGCAAGCCAGAAAAGGUUCCACUGGAAGAUUCUCAGUUAUGGGAAACAGGGUUCAGAGCUUUGAUCCUACUCACAGGAUAAAUGACAGAGACUACAUGGGCUGGAUGGAUUUUGGACGCCGCAGUGCUGAAGAAUACGAGUAUUCUUCCUGAAGAACACCAAAUUAUAGCAAUGAGAAAAAAAAAAUCAUACUCCCAUGUCUGUACAAAAAUACAUAAAUCAAUUUGUUGUCCUCUUCAAAUCAGUGUUUUAAAGUAUUUAAAAUCAUGUAUUUGACAUAAGUUUAUCUGUAAUACUAUACAAUGCAAUAUAUACAUAUGCAGAAUUUUCCAGAAAACAUUUUCUUUCUUUUGUGGUUUCUCAUACAUUGAUAAUAUAUUAAAAUGAUUUCACUUAUCCCUCUUUGUCCUG